AUGACCAUUUGCAAAGUCGUCCAAUGCGGUCGCCUCGCCCCAAGUGCUGCAAUCCGAGUGCACGGAAAGCCCUGGAGGCCACAGUUCCCACCAGCAAUCCAUCACGCAACGGCCGGCGUCAACCCCUCUCGUCAGAUCCGUUCCUACGCCUCAUUCAGUCACAGCAUCUCUGUUAAUCUUGAUGCGGCGUCGCGCUCUAUGGCCGAACCGCAGAUUCUUGCGGGAUGCCGAAACGUCCAGCUCGCGCUGACAGACAAAGACUGGCCGAAAUGGGAUCCUGAUGCAAAACCCCACGAUCCAAGGUGCCACUCCAAGCUUUCGCACAUCAUUGGUGCCCUCGAUUCCAGUCCAAAUAUCGAUUUCGUAUUUCUGGCCCUGUCCGACAUACUUGAGCUGCCUCUUGUCCACCAGUCACUUCCAAUCAAGCAAGAACGCACCCCCGCCACCAUUUUCAGCACCAUUGCCGUCCAUGUAGAACCCGUGGACCUAGGUUUCUGGAAUCUUCCCGAUUACCCCUCGAUAUUCAUCAGGGAUGUGGAUACUAUGCGUAUGUUGCAGCAGGCUCGGACCUAUAAAGGGGAUGCUGUUGCCUGGCAGCGAGUCAUUGCAAAUGCGGGUCCAGUCUACCAGGCGUAUGACUACACAGCCAGCUUCCACGCCAUUGACUUGGCCAUCAGAAGCGAUAUUCCAUCGGCAUCUAUGCGCACUGUCGAUUUCGGUCCCUAUGGUUCCGAAUCAUGCGCGACCAGUGAUUUGGACUCUUUGAGCACCUGUUUUGCGGACGACCUAGCCCACAACAUAGGCCAUUUCAAACUCGGCAAUCCAUGGUUUCCUAACCUGUAUGAUCACAUCAAGAAGGAAAGCGGCGGGGCUGUGAGUUCGAAGCUUGGAUACAAACCAAAAGAUACAGCAUAA